AAUCAGGUUGCUGAAUCAGGUCAAUGAACUGAAGGUUGUGUUGCUGAGUUGACCACUUUAAUGAUGGGUCUUGCGGGAGUGCUGUGAGCGAUUGUGUGUUGGAAGGAUGUCUGGCCGUCCAAUUAGUCCUGGGCACGGUCCCAACGUGAACGGGCCGGCUCAGUCCCCGGACAGACCCGGGCUGUUGCCUUUCCCCAGUGGGGUUCUGCAGGAGGUGGGAGGGCAGUUCUACAAGCCUGGUUACAACGGCCUCUCGGCCCAGUAUCUGUUUCCUUUCCCACCUCGGAAGAGCGAAUACGGGCACUGCGAGGCGGUGGCGGGGGAGCCAGCGGCAGUGUCGCACUCCGGCUACUGGUACCCGCUGCCUCCGACCGAGGCGCCCGGAGCCGGCCACUGGCCGCAGAGCCAGCCCCCUCCACCGCUGGCCGGCACCUCGGCCCUCCUCAACCGGUCGGAGAUCAAGACGGAGAAGGAGAGCGGCGGUUUCCCGCAGGAGGCGAGGUACAACUCCCCGGCUCCUUCCUACGGCCACCGGUGGGGUGGCGCCGGCUUCUGGCAGCCUGUCGCCGCCUCCAACUCGUCCCCGGCCGGUGGCUCCGGACAGUCCUACCCCGGUUUCGGCAGCUUCCCUUCGACCCCGCAGAUAUACCCCAGCCCCACGCCGCAGGGAGACUCCGGCCAGCCCGCACCGUCCAACACAGGCUCCACCGGCACCACCAGCGAGGAAGGGCAGUCCAGCGACAGCGAGGAGGAAUAUCCCACCAAAGAGAAAAUGGAACAGUUUGCCAAAGAACUGAAACACAAGAGGAUUACCCUUGGCUUUACUCAGGCUGAUGUUGGAUUGGCUUUGGGGAAUCUAUAUGGCAAGAUGUUCAGUCAGACCACCAUAUGCAGGUUUGAAGCAUUGCAGCUGAGCUUCAAAAACAUGUGCAAACUGAAGCCGAUACUCCAGCGCUGGCUGAAUGAUGCAGAGAACAACGGCAGCCUGCAUGAGAUUUGUAACGUGGAGCAGGUUUUGGAUCAGUCCAGGAAACGUAAGCGGAGGACCAGCAUUGAGAACGGGGUGAAGAAAAACCUGGAGACCUAUUUCAUGAAAUGCCCCAAGCCCACUAGUGACGAAAUCUCCCAGAUCGCAGAAGACCUCCGAUUAGACAAAGAGGUGAUCAGAGUUUGGUUUUGUAACAGAAGACAAAAGGGAAAGAGGAUGACCCUCCCUUGUAUGGAAGAGAACGAUGUACAGAUCCACGAAGGAAGCCCGAUUCGCCUGUCCCCUAGUGCUCUGAUGCCUGAUCCUACUGUAGCCCAAGGAUAUGGUGCAGCCAUGGUGCCACCUCCUAUGUAUAUGUCUCCCUUCCCUCAGCCUCUGCACCCUACCGUCUCCAUGGCCAAUCACAAUAGUUAGAGGAUCAAUUGUAGAAUGCUCUUGAUCUGCUUGUAAGGACACUCGAUUCUAAUGAUACCCUGUGGUUAAAAAGUGCCUGAAUGAUGUCUCUCAACUCUUUCUCGGGUCUAAAAAGUCGAUGGGGGAUUUGUCUGCUCAACUUCAGUGUUAUCUCCUUUUUUGUUUUAAAUCUUUUCCCUGACUGGGUCUGGACAUUAUCAAGCUUCAUUUUAUAUAAAAAUAUUUAAUGGAAAUUGUCUAACUUAUUGUACUGAAUACUUUGCAUUAAGUUUCCCCUCUAAUUUGUUUGUGAAAAUGCAUCUGAAUAUUUUAAUGUUGGUUAUGCUAUUUCUCAAUUGCCAAAUGGGGUAGAACCACUCAAUAAAUACUCCAGGCAAAGGAACUACAGCCCCUACAUUAGUAACUAGGUGGACCAGAAGGGAAGAAAUUAAUAGCAAAUGUUCAGAAUUGCUGAGGAAAUGCUGUGUCCAUCUUAAUGCUUUGGCAGUUCACUUGUCUUUCUGGUUGACUAGUUCCACUUGCUCCUUGAGAUGUAGAGCUUCUCUUUCAUCACAAGGUACCUUGAAGCUGCUGCCUGAUAAGUUAUGGGAGGAAGUUGUUGCUGAAUAGAAGUUUUGAGGUACACUCCUCAAUUCUGAAGGAUUGUGCAAGGCAGUGGAGUCUACUGAAAGUUCUCCAGUGGAAGAAUGCAGUCACUCAGAAGGGCAGAGGAUGGUGGGGGGGUAUAAGGAAGGUGGCAGAGAGACUUGUAAUGGUGACCAGAGCAGGCCUCAGAACAUGAGGCAAGUUGAAACAGAACCUGGGGAUUUAUUUGAAUUGUUCUUAAUUUGAUUUGUUGACUAGAUUGCAAUGGGGGGAAAUGUGUUCUGAAACUUCUAGUUUUCUGUGUUCCAAAUGAGUGAGUAGAUGGACUCUGGGAGUGGUACUAGAUGUGUACAGGCAAGGGGUUGAAGUCUCACAGCCAAAGUGAUUUUUGAUUGACUGAUUUGGAGACAUGUUUUGGAGGACUGCACAACUCUUCAACCUGAGUUUACUGGCCAUGGGUAAUGGUUGGGACCAUGGCUGCAGAUGCUGCGGAAAUGAACAAGGUCGAUUUAGUCAGGUGCUCUUUUGAAGCAAGUUUCUGCUUUUUAUCAGAUGAGCAAGCAGUCUCAGCAAUAGAAAUAAAAUGCUGGAAACACUCAACAGGUCAGGCAGCAUCUGGAAAGAGAAACUGUUAAAAUUUCAGGUUGAAGACCCAUUGUGAGACCCCAUUUCUUUUUACAGAUGCUGUCAGAUGUGUGUUUUAAGCAUUUUUUUGUAUUUCCAGAAUCUGCAGUUAUUUUGCUUUCCUGACAGCAGUUUUGAAGUUAGUGCAGUUGAUGUGGAAAGUGAAGAAUUUGGCCAUCUGGCAUGCUUUAAGUUGCAGUAACCAUAUUCGUCUUGCCACUUUUCCUCCCCUGAGAAUUGCAUUUUAUCACUGAAUGUUGUGGGGUGGGAGUUGGGGAUGGUGGUGUUGGGGUGACUUCUGGAAGGGACUGAAAUCAUGUCAAAUACUGUGAAGAAGCAAGGAGACCAAGAUGGUGCGUCACUUUGGGACUGAAAUCUAAACAUUGGGGAAGGUGGGGGGCAGUGGUGGCUGCAUGGUGGUGGGAGAGGGGGUCAGUGUUAGGCCAAAUAGGUGGGAAAUGAUCAGUAGUGGACAUUGGAUGAAUCUGUAACUAAGGAAGGGGAAGCUUGCACUGGUCGAAGGCAGGUUUGUCUCCUGUAAGGUGGUAAGAACAAUGAUGAUAAGCUUGCCGGUAAAGCGGAAAUGGUGAGCAAUAUCCCUUGAAACUGUUGGCAAUCUCCAAGGAACAGUUGGGUAGUCAAGAGUUGGGUUUGGUGGGAGGAGGAGAGGGCUAAUGGUUUUUAGCAUUUUGGCUUUGAAGUUGUGAAAUAUUUGUAUUGAGUGUGAAUCCAACAGUUUUUAAGUUGGAUGAUUGGCCAUUGAUUAUAGCACUGAUACUUUUAGAAGAUCUAGCAUUAAGCUAACUGCCAUAAUGCUUGGGUUCAUGCCCACUUUGAGGCAGAGUUAACUAGAGCUAUAAGAUGUGUGGAUGUUGGGGUUAAGGUGUGAUGCAGGUGAAAUGUAAUAAAACUGUUCAGUGGGAAGUAGGGAUUGGGUGGGAUGUUGUGCUGUACUCAGUUAUAUCAACUGGGUGUAACUAAUGACCUCUGUUUUGCUGCUGCUUUUAAUACUUGAUAUUAUGUAGCCUUUACCCAUAAUGUAAAUGUAUUUAACAUGUGAAACACUGCAAGGGUGGCCACUCUUGAUGGGUAACUUGGCCAGAGUUGAACACAUUGCCAUCACAAGGCAGUGGAAGAGUUGCAUGAUCAUUGGUCUACCUGGGCAGGAACAAGGAGCUUGCUCCCCACCUCAUCCCAACUCUUCUGCCACUGAGUUUCUGCCUUCAGUCUAGUUACUGUUCUUGUGACUCUUUCAGCCCCCAAUUCUUUUGGGAUCUUGUCUCAGAUUUCCACUCUUGUAUAUUCUUCACUUUCCCAAUCAUAAGUUUGACCAUCCUAGCCCUGACCUCUGAUCUGGAUUCUCUCCCUUUUUUUAAUGUUUUAUUUUAAAACAUUUUAGAUACUCUUAAUACCUCAUGUAAAUGUAACAAUUUAAACUCUUAGUGAAUCUGCAUUUUAAAGGCCAGCGUAUCCUUCCUGAGGUACAACAUUCCAGAUGUGGUUUGACCAAGGCUCUAUGGCUGAAACAUUGUGAUUCAAGAGAGGCCAACUUUUCAUUAAUCUUUGCACAUGAGCACCAGUUUGUAUAGUGGAGCCCUUUUUUUUUGCAUUUGUUGCUGGAAAAGGAUAUUCUCAAUUUAUUGGAAAGUCACUCACCUCUCUUCCCCACCUUUUAAUAGCUCCAUUUAUAUUCCAUUUGUUUUUGCAUUGCAGCCUCUCGCCCUCAUCUUUGCAACCUGCAUUGCUACAAGUUGGGAUGUCCAACUCCUUGAGUCACUAAUGCAUGCUGCGGGGGGGGGAGAAAGGUUUGGGGUCUCAUUGCAGGAGAAUACCAUGUGUUAUGUUUCUUUAGCAGUUACCUUUGCUUCCCAAAUGCCCAGGCCAGGUUCCUGUUUGCCUGAAUAUCAUUGACAUCAGUUUCUGCACCUUGUUAGUAACCUAAACACAAAAUGGCAACUUGGUGAAUUAAGACUAUCUGCAACCAAGCCUAUUGCAUUUAAUACCCGAGUGUAGAAUACAUUGGGUCUUUGAUUCUGUGCACUCCACUGCUGGGAACAGAAUUGGCUCCAAACUGAGGGAUAAGCAGAUCUUGCCCUCUGCAGAUCGUUCACAGCCACCUGGAUCAAACUGUGUGGGUGCAUCCUCUAGUUGCUGACAGCCUAAUAGCAGCAGUGGGGCCUGACUUCUGGGUGCAUGAAACAAUGCCGGAUAAAGCCUGCCUGCAACUGUGAAAGAAAACAUUAUUGUAAGUAUACUAUUGUAUUAUAAGAAACCUGAAAUGGAAACUGCAUUUAUCAGCUAAGUAUUUACUUUGUGCAAUACCUAUAUCAACUGAUCUUGCCCUCAGCCUUUUUUAAACUUCGGAUGUUUACCAUAUCUGACAAUAAAAUUUUUAACCAAUG